GCGAUAAUAUAAUAAGUUUUGAAUGUGGUGUUUGAAAUUUUGUAAAAUUUCUUAUCAAAAAUGGUGAAAAAAGAAGAUUUGAAAACUUUCACGAAGCUGGCCAACUUGAUCAUUAAUGACAAAAGGAAUGCAAACCUAAUUUUGGAGUUGAUUGCCAAUUUGGAUGAGCACGAUGAUGUCUCGAAAAUAUUGGGUGCCUCGAGCGCCCUCUUCAAAGUCUUCUGCCACCUCAUUAAGAAGCACCUCAUUGAAUGUACUUCUGCCAACACCAACAACCCCCCCAAAGCAAACAGCAGCAACCCAGAAACCAGUUCUAACAAUGCAACUAGCGUGAACGAGAUGUACAAAGAAUGGAUGAACGAUCGUUUCCAAACAGCCUGUGAACGCUGGUUUGAACUAUUAUCACAUGAAGAUGCUGUCGUCAGACAAAAGUCCUUGAAAGUGUUGAUGGAUCUGUUGAAAGUCCUAACCAGCACUGCGAUUGGACAAACCGGAGGCCUCUAUGACUACCCAUUCCGAUUUAUCGAGAAAAUUCUCUGGGGCUUGCUAUCUCUAAAGAAACGAAAGGAAGAAAAUAUAAACAUCGAUGACAAUAACAACAAUAACAAUAAUGAUGAUGAUAAUAAUGCGAUCAUCAUAAAACAUUUGAAAAGUUUGAUGGAAAAUGAUUUUAAAGAAUGUAUGGCUUUCGAUGAUGUAAGAUACUUUUUUAUGAAAGUUCUUUUAGAGGAUUUGAUCCCAAAGAAUGCAGAUAAGGCACUUAAUUUUGAAUUGCUCUUUUGCCUGCUGAAAAAUUUCAACAUGCCGAAAUCGACAACGACGACCAAGCCGUCAGUGACGUCAUCAUCCGUGCUGACCAAAAACACUAAAAAUGAUGGUGGCAACGAUGGCAGUCAAAUGUUAAAAAACUUUUUUGUCUAUACUUCUACGGAUCAGCUGUCGACGAAGUACAGUCUGGUUAAGGAGCAUAAAAAGUUAUUCACGAAUCUCUGGAUUCGAUUCCUAAAUAUGGAUUUACAGAAGAGCCUGUAUAAGGCGGUGUUGGUCGUCUUGCACGAUUCAGUAAUGCCUCAUAUGACCUCGCCAUUGUUACUAACAGACUUCCUCAUACAUUCCUACAAUGCUGGUGGAAGCACAAGUCUGCUGGCUCUGAAUGGCCUCUUCAUUCUUAUGACCUCUUAUAACCUGGAUUAUCCGGAUUUUUAUGGCAAGUUGUAUACCUUGUUGGAACCUUCCGUAUUUCACAUGCAAUAUCGAGCUAGAUUCAUGUACCUUCUAGAUCUAUUUCUCUAUUCUACCCAUCUGUCGGCAAACAUAGUGGGGGCAUUUAUAAAAAAGUUAUCCCGGCUGUCCCUAACAGCGCCCACGCCAGCUCUCCUCUCCAUCGUCACACUCGUCACUAACCUACUAAUCAGACACCCUAACUGCCAGACACUAAUUCACACAAAGCCUGCGAAACUAAAUGGUCCCCAGAUGAAAAAUGAUGAUGGUGUUGGUGGCUCCGACAACAAUGAUGGUGAUGGGAUGGUGGUAGAUGAUAAAGAAAAUGAUGGUGGUGCUGGUGGUAAUAAUUUAGCUCAGUGCCUCUCUGAAGAUCCAUUCAAGGAGAAUGAAAAAAAUUUACUGAAAACCAGAGCCAUGGAGAGCUCGCUUUGGGAAAUCAAGACCUUGCAGUGCCAUUACCACUAUAGUAUAUCGUCAAGAGCUUGUAGAAUCGACCAAGUGCUUCCCAUUGUCGAGCUGCCUUAUAAGGAGCUCCUCGAGCACACUAUUACAGAUUUGAUUGACAAGGAGAAGCGUAAGAAGAUGAAAGUGGUUCCCGGCAAUUAUCUACCCCCAAAUUCAUUUGUGCCCGACUCCUUGAAUGACUUGUUGUCAUUUUCAUAAAUACUUUGAAUUUUUCCUCACCUAAUGUGUAUAAUUUUGAAAGAUUUUUUUCUCUAUUUUAAACGCAUCAACCUUAAAAUGUUUAUUUUCUGUUUCGUUGAUAAUAAAAUCUAAAAAAUUUGAA